CCGCCGCCAACACCGACGCCGGAGAGCGGCCGGAAGAUGGUCUUGCCGGCGAUCCCCGACGAGCUCCUGGUAGACAUCUUCCUCCGCCUCCCCGCCCCAGGUGACCUCAUCCGCGCCUCCGCCGCCUGCGCCUCCUUCCGCCGCCUCGUCGCCGACCGCUCCUUCCUCCGGCGCUUCCGCAAGAUCCACCCCCCGCCCCUCCUCGGCUUCCUCUACCCAGGGCAGCACCGCUUCCACCCCGCCGUCCGGCCUCACCCCUCCGCACCGGCGGCCAGCGCCGUCGCCCUCGCGGCCGACUUCUCCUUCGCCUUCCUCCCCGCCCCCGCCCGGAACUGGUCCGUGCGGGAAGUCCGCGACGGCCGCGUCCUCCUCGACAGAUCCCGCCGCCACGACUCCGGUGAUGGAUUGGAAGCCCUCUUCAAGCAGAUGGUGGUGUGCGACCCCUUGCACCGGCUGUAUCUCCUGCUCCCCCCAAUCCCCGAUGACCUAGCCGCUUCGGUCGUGGACCAAUUCCUGAUAGAAGGGCAUUGCUUCGCCGAGACCUUCCUCGUCCCUCCCGGCAACGGCGACGAGGAGGCAGCAGCUGCCACGGAGGAGGAGGGGACAUCAUUCCGGGUGAUCUGGAUGGUGCUGCUUCAAGCUAAGCUAGUGGCCGCUGUCUUCUCUUCCGGCACAGGGAAAUGGCGAGCCUUUUCAAGCAAGCUGUUGCCGGGCUUCGUCGUGUCGCGCCAUUACGCCCAUGGCUGCUUCUACUGGGUUUCAGGUUCAACUGAAAAAUUGCUGGUGCUUGACAUUCAGAGGAUGAAGUUCUCCAUGGCCGACCACCCGCCCUGUGCCAGACAUUCGGGCGAUGAUGUGGCCAUUGUGGAGGCAGGCCAAGGCAUGAUCCGGAUGUUGGUGCCUAAACCCGACACAUCUCGCCUUAAGUACAACGUUUGGCGAAACAAUGCUGGGAUUUCUACCCAGUGGCAGAUGGAGAAGAGGACAUUCUCGCUGGAUUCUGGGUCCUUGCUCACGGGCGCGGUGGGGAGGCACCUGCUCCUAUAUCAGUGUGGAAGCUCGUUGGUCAAGUCAGGUGGUUUCACGCUGGACGUCGACACAUUGCAGUGUGAGAGGGUGUGCGCUUCUUUGCCCAAACCGUCUCACAUAUAUUGCAACUUCCCACCGUUAUUGGCGGCGCCGACAGUGUCAAGUGCCAAACCCCACGCUGGCGUCCGGGGAGAGGGGGACGCCGUGCGGGUGCCUGAACUACGAGAAGCCGACCCUGGAGGCGUGGAAGCGCACGUCCUCGCAGCGGCCGCUCAAGCUCCAAACCCCUUGUUCGUCGGCAGCAACGAUGCCGAGGCGGGUUGUGGUGGGCGAGGAGGAGGCGCUGGGGCUGGUGCAGGGGCUGGAGCUCCGGAGGGUGCAGGGGCGGGUGGCGUAGCUCGAGAGGGCGUGCAAGGAGGCGAGGGGCCUGCCGGUACCAGGGUGUCGAGGAGGACGACUGCGGCCAAGGGCAACAAGUCCUUCAGCUGGAGGGGCUGCUUGCCUUUUUGGAUGUGAUAGCCAGUCUCGGAUCCUUUUGUAAGUUCAUUCAUUUGCCUGAUGUGUUGUGCUGAUCUCUUGGUUUGUGCUGCGUGUUGGUCACUCACUGGUUAUUAGUCAGGUAAGGUAAAUGAGCAAGACUGGCGGCUGAGCUGGGACUUCACCGUUGUCCCCUGUUUGCUUUUGUUGUCCUGUGAAAUUGUUGCGAGAUGACUGAUCGGCAGUGCAAGUAUUAUUAUUACUUGACGAUUUCAA